AUCUUUUUCCUUUUGUUCUUUACAACUUUCAUUAGUAUAAAAUCACUGCCAAUGUCAGCAUUGUCCGAGUAUUCAGUCUGCGCUAGCGAAGAACACUCACCACGGGUUAGAUAAAAGGAAGGCGAUCGCCAAAGAACAAUUCACGAUGCUCAUAACGAAAAUCUCUUUGCUCAUCGUAAUCAUUAUUUUGAAUUUGAUUACAUGCAAUGCAGCCGGCCUCUCAGAUAUCCUCAACUCAGCGAAAAACAUAGCAACGGGAACAGCUAAAAAACUUCCUGAUUUUUUGCCAACUCCGAAAUUUCUCGUCCAAACAACGAAGGAAAUCGUCGCAGGAUAUCCCUUUGAAGUAGCGCUUAAAGCUAUUAAUCAGCUUUGUUCUGCUGCUCUCUCGGCUGAUGCCAUCGAGCCUCGGGUAUCACCUGAUAUCAAGAAUAUGAGUUUCGUAUUGAUGACUCCGAAGGAAAACUUCUCAUUCCCGCUCAUGGAAGCCAAGUCAAUGUGGGGCCAUUCCGCUUUCGACCCGACCAAGAAAGUGGUCAUCCUGACAACAGGCUGGACAACGGACUUGAAAGAGCCCCGAAACGACAUCAACACCCUUGCGGAGGCGUACUUUUGUCGGGGCGAUUCGAAUUUCGUGGUUGUUGAUUCUGCACGUUUCAUUGACACCCUAUACACGUGGUCGGCAUUUAAUACCGAAGAAAUUGGUGAAAGUAUCGGAAAAGGCUUAGCGGAAUUAAUUAAAGUCGUGCCACGUGAGAACAUCCAUCUCAUAGGGCACAGCUUAGGAGCGCACAUAUCGGGUGUGGCCGGACGUUCGUUUACAUUCCACACAGGCGAGCUCCUGCCACGAAUCACUGGAUUAGACCCGGCCAAUCCGUGCUUCAACGAAGGCGAGGCCCUAACAGGAUUGCAGCGGGGCGAUGCCGAAUUCGUCGACGUAAUUCACACCAAUUCGAGAGCUUUGGGGCAACGUGACCCGCUAGGGGAUGUAGACUUCUACCCGGGUGGAGUGACUUCUUUGCCCCCUGGCUGUCUUGAUAUCAGUUGCGCCCAUUUGCGUGCAUGGAGAUAUUAUGCCGAAUCUGUUCGACCCGGAAAUGAGAUGAAUUUCAUGGGAGUCAAAUGUAGCGCCUUGUACAAGUUGAAUUCCGGAAAGUGCCUGGGUGAACCAGCCCCAAUGGGAUACAUGACGCCGAGUACAAUUAAAGGUAAUUACUUCCUGGAUGUGAAUGCGGCCGAACCGUUCGGUAAGAACGCCACCCGCAACCAACAGAAGUGCGCUUAAUUAGAGAAAGGAGGAGUGGUAGGGGUAGGUUUGAAUAGAAGGCAAUCGCUACCUGAGUUGUAUAUUUUAUGCAUGUUGUUUGUUUACAAUAGUUAGUUACGGUCUGAAGCAAUUUCUUGUAUGUUAAAGUUAUGUUGACUAAGGAAGAGGUUUAAUAAACACAAUUCUAUGCACCUAA